UUUUUUUUAUAAAUAUUUAUACAUUUCGGUUAAACAAUGAGUCAACAAAAAUUAACAUCAAAUCCUCGUGGUAUUCCUAGUUCACCUUUUGUGGAACGCGUUGAAGACUAUGUUUCUGAAGCAGAACCUGUUGAGGUUGUGUUAAGAAAGUUUCAAGAAGCCAUUAGUAAAUAUAAAUUUAUGGAAAUCAAUUUAUUACAGCGUAGAAAAGUAUUAGAAGAAAAGAUUCCCGAGAUCGAAAAGACGAUUGCCAUGGUCGAUGUGUUGGCAGAAAAGAAGGAUUCAGAUGAACCCUUAUAUACUGAUUUUGAAUUAAACGACACAUUAUAUGCCAAAGCUAAAAUCGAAGCCUCUGGUACUGUCUAUCUUUGGUUAGGUGCUAAUGUGAUGCUUGAAUAUACUUUUGAAGAAGCCAAGGAUUUGUUAACAUCAAAGCUUGAAACAGCCAAAACGUCAUUAAAAAACACAUUGGAAGAUCUUGAAUUCUUGAGAAGCCAGAUUACAACUAUGGAAGUCAAUACUGCACGUGUAUAUAAUUGGGAUGUUAAACAAAGACGACUCUUGCGAGAGAAACAAGCCUCAACUGUGGAAGCUUCUGCUUAAUACAUGUUCUUAUUUUAUACACAUUUGUGUUGUAGUUUAUACAAUUCGGAAGCUAAAAAUAAUAAUAAUAAUAAUAAUAAUAAAAAAUACGAAUCCACACAUUUC